AUGAGUAUAUUGAAUGGAUCGCAAGUGUGCGCCCGCAAGAGCCCUGUUGGCGGUAUCGGUCUCUUUGCGGAGGAAGACGUGGAAGGAGAGUGUUUGAGGGUUACACGCAAACAGAUCUACAACCUCGAGACGUGUCUGGAGUUGAAGAGCCAAUUGGACAAGGAUAAGGAAGAGCCGGUGGUUCAGCAGGUUCUGAAAUAUUACAGCAAAGUGCACAACGAGACGAGGUUUCUGAUUGCUUACAUGAUUGGGUUUGAGGUUUUGCGAAGAAAAGGCGAGCUCAAAGACCAUCCGGAGCUAUCUGAGUAUCUGCAAUUGUUACUCAGUACCACGGUGGACAACCUGGCCUUUGAAGAAGAUGCGUUGCUGGAAAGCUACUACGAGAUUGAGCCGGGCAACGCACUGGUGAACAUGAGCAUCAAGGAGGUCCAGAGCGACGAGUUUGAGGAAUUGAGUGCAUACAUCUCUGAUACCUGGCAAGUUUCUAUUCCGGGCUGUGACAUACGCAGACUGACCGCCGCUGUUCGGUCGCGGACGCUGGAGAUUCCAAAGAUCGACGAGGAUGGCGACUAUUACGUCCAGAUCUCGCUCGUGCCCGGGCUGGACUUUGCAAACCACGAUAACGCUCGCCAGAACGCUACUUUUGACGUUGAUCCAGACACGAACGAGAUAGUGCUCAAGACAACGACCACAGUCGCCGCGGGCUCGGAGAUCUUCAUCAGUUAUACGCCGUACGAGGACAUGACACGGAUGUUUGUGACGUACGGGUUUAUUCCGUGCUCGAAUGGACUCAAAGCCGUGGAUAUUCCUUUCUGGGGCUACUUCCACUUCGAAGAUUCGGAGGAGCUGACGGAAUAUCUGUUUGAGCAGCAGCAGCCGAACAAUCUGCAGUUGAUUCUGGAGUACAAGGACGGCAAACUGGAGGACCUGUGGCUGAACAUGGCCUCCAACUACAGUUUUGCCGGGUUUAUCCAAAAAGACAGCAUCCAGACAGUGAUGGAGAAUGCGUCCGAGGAACAGAUCGACCGGGCACUGAUCAAGCUGAUUGGUCUGGUGGACAAGAGUUUUGCCGAACGGAUCCCGAAACUGGACCAAUUCAACGAUUUCUGCGAAAAAUACGAAGCAGAAAACGGUACCUGCAACAUACAGCAACUAGUGCAACUGCAGCUGGAAGUGUACCGGAAGUACCGCGAGAAGUAUGCCUCGAUUGCAAAACAUCUGGAUUCGGACUCGUUGUACGAUCUGGUGAUGAUCGAGGGAGAUGAAUGGGUGGAUUACCGGCUUCCACCAGUAUAUAAUUUUCUGACCCGAGAUCUGGAACGGCACUAA